AUGUCGUUUUAUGGUCUUCGGAAGUACACCCGUAAGAUACAGAAUGCACUUACGGGAUAUUCGGAUCUUGAAAACCUGAUCCGAGAAUCCACAAACACCGAUACUUGGGGGCCCACGUCUCAACAGAAGAGACAGCUAUCGAACUGGAUACUUAGCUAUACCAGUUUUGACCAAGGAAUAGACUUUAAUGACAUCGACCUAGCACAGAAUGUCGAUCCCCAGUAUACGCAUCAGAUUUCACAGUACACAAUCAACUUUAUUACCGACAGGAUCUUGGAAUAUUCACAACACAAGCGUGGUGACAGCAUCUAUCAAAAAUUGAAGAAGAACUUAGUAACCAAGGGAUAUGAGUUCCAGAUAAUAGUUAAGUGUCUUAAUCUACUCGAAUAUUUACUUUUGAACUGCUUUCGUCUUCAGGGAAGCACUACAACGUUUGAUAUCGCAGAUGAUAUGCGAAUGCAUCUUUCUGUUAUCGACAAAUUGAAAUCCUAUCAUGCCAAGAUCGCCUACGACGGCCUUGUUCUUGUUCACGAGAAGCAGGUUCGUCAGUUGGCAGAUCAUUUAUCUCGGCUUCUUCAGGAUGACGGCUUGUUACAGAAGGAGAGAGAAAAGUUUCAUCCGGAUAUAAAGACUACUGGGGACAAUUAUGUUGACCAGGCUGAAGAGCUGGAGGAUGAAAACGGCUGGGCAGAUCAGUUCGGCGAUUUACAAAGUGCUGAUGAAGGAGUUGAUGAACAGAAGCCACCCAUUGUCGACUUGCUUUCUGACUUUAAUGGUUUAGAAAUAUCACAGCUUCAGACUACUGAGCCUUUACCAAAUGUUUCUAAUUCCAUUCCUGUACAUCAGAUCUCAUCUGAAGAUCAUCCUACCCCUGUGAAAACCUCACCGAAGCAGAGAGACCUAUUUGACGAUCUUCUUUCAGACUUCAAAUCGACUAACCCACGCUAA